UACUAUACAGCAAGUUAUAUAUAUUCUAGUUUUCAUCACAAAAGUUAUUGAAGCUCUGUGAAUAGUGUUAGUUACAUCCCACCCACGUGUUAUAAUUCACGAUAUUGUCUCGAAAUUGUUUAGUGCAACAUUUUUCCAUUCCAAAAUUAUCGAGUGAAAAUAUAAAAAUUUUAUUGUUGGAUAGUUCUCAAAUUUAUGUCGACACGACUUAAAAUUAAUAAAUUGUUGAAAUCAUUGCAACAAUAUUCAAGAACGCUCAGAACUAGGAACUUUCUGCACAGAAAUAACUUAAUAGUAAAAUCAAACCAUAAUUUUGUUAUUAUUUAGUGAUUUCAUUAAUACAUCGGACUCCGGCGUGGCAUAAGAUUAAAUAUACCGAAAAAUAGUGUGAAAAAGUGAAAAAUAAAAAAUUUAUAAUUCAUUAUUGUAUAAAGUGAUUCUUAGUAGUUACUAUAGUGAAUAACGACUCUCGCUCUUUCAUUAUUACAAUAAUUAAAAAAAAAUUGUAAUUGUAAAGAAUGGAUCAUAGAAUGGCCUCAAAGAUAAAGCGGCGUAAGAAGGAGAUGAUGGACAGUGAUAAACAGAAUAAUCGUGCUGCAAUUAGUAAAUAUCGUUCAGCAGUGCGUCAAGCUAUUUUAAAUCAUCAAAACGGAUGUAAUAGCUCAUUUUUUGAAGAUAAAAUAAUUAAAAAUGAACCUAUAAAAACGACUGGACCUUUUGCUGGAUACACAGCAUUGCAUAUAGCUUGUAUGGAUGGAGAUAUAGAACUUGUAGAAGUAUUAGUUGAAAACUACCAUGCAAAUGUAAAUGCUGUUGCUGACGAUGGAUCUCAACCUAUUCACUUAGCGUGUUUAUUCGAACGUGAGAUGUCUGGGAUACUUAUAGAUAUUUUGUUAAGAGCUGGUGCCAACGUUAAUGCUGAAAUAGAACAAAAACUUUUCGAAAAAUAUUUUAGUAGGAAAAGGUGGUGCAGCGAUUUUGGGAAUAAAAUGACCUUGUUAACUUUUGCAAUCCUACAUGAUAUUAAUGCUGUGUUUGUGUUAUCAUUAAUCAGAGGCAAAGCCAAUUUGAAAGUUAAGAGUCUGGAGAAUAAAACACUGUUGAUGUAUGCCAUUGAAAAUGAGGACAUCUCAAUCGCACUGUCACUCAUAGAAGAGGUAAAAGAUCAUGAAUGGAUAAACGCCCGUGACAGUGGUGGUUAUCCUGCUACCCACUAUAUAUUAAAUCCAAAAAAUUUAGAAAAUAAUCGAUACCUUGAUAAUGAAAACGAAUUGGUGGAUGAUUUGGGUGCCGCUCUUUUGAUUAGCAAUUUACUUGAUGCCGGUGCUGAUGUUAACGCAACUAUAAAUGAUGAUCCAAAUACUCUAUUACUCAAUAUAGCGGCUCGCAAUUGUUUUCCACUUACACUGGAACACUUGUUACCUUAUCACGACAAUAUUUCAAAAUCAACGGCUUUGCAUUACAUAUUACGUCCCCUUAUAACUCCACAGACAGAAUCCAGUAUUGAUAGAAAAAGGACAAGUAUCAAGUUGAUUCUAAAAGACCUUAUUUAUAGACGUACGUUUGGUUUAUUCGUUCCUGAAGACGAAAAAAUAUCGAUGGACAAGUUAAUUGCUGAAGACAUAAAUUUGAGGGAGCUAGCACAUGCCUACGAAAAAAAUAUUAUUCACGGAGAGUUAAAAACAAAAGUGCUUAAGUAUGAUGAUAAAAGUAUUACGUAUUAUGACUUCAUAAUGUCAUGUUGUGAUGAUAAACAAUUACGUUUGAUAGUGAAAAAUAAAUCCUUAAUAGACGCCUUCGAGAAUACCUUCCCAAACCCUGCACUUCCUACUUUUACUAGAGAAUUUAUGAUUCACCCUAAUUUUUCUGAUUAUUCUAUGGACUCUUUUAAUGCAGAUUAUUUCUUCUUCCGGAAACAAAUUUCGAUUAGAAUAGAAAAAACUUCAAGAAGACUUGAGCAGUUAGAAGCAUUAAAAAGAGUAAAAAACCUUCGUAAAGCUAUCCCUUUGCCAUAUGAAUUAAUAAAGGAGCGUAAGAAGAGGCUGGACAUAAAUAAACAUAAUAUGCAUGCUGCAAUUGAUAAAUAUCUUUUAGCAAUGCGUGCAGCUAUUUCAAAUCAUCAAAAGGGACGUAAUAGCUCAUUUUUUGAAGAUAUAAUAAUUAACAAUGAACCUAUAGAAAUGACUGGACCUUUUGCUGGAUACACAGCAUUGCAUCUAUCUUGUAUGGAUGGAAAUAUAGAAUUUGUAAGAUUAUUAGUUGACGAAUACCAUGCAAAUGUAAAUGCUGUUGCUGACGAUGGAUCUCAACCUAUCCACUUUGCGUGUUUAUUCGAAUGUGAGAUGACUGGGAAACUUAUAGAUAUUUUGUUAAAAGCUGGUGCCAACGUUGAUGCUGAAAUAGGAAAAAAUCUAUUUACAAAAUAUAUUAAAUGUGACAAGUGGCGCAACGAUUUUGGGAAUAACAUGACUUUAUUAACUUAUUCGAUCCUAUAUGGUUGUAAUAAUCCGGUUGUGAUAUCAUUGGUCAGAGGCGGAGCAAAUUUAAAAGUUAUGAGUCAAAAAAAUAAAACACUAAUAAUGUAUGCCAUUGAAGAUGAGAACGAAAUUGCAUCUUUACUUAUAACACAAGUACAUGAUUAUAAAUGGUUAAACAUUCGUGACAAUGAUGGUUAUCCUGCUACCCACUAUGCAUUAAAUCUAAAAAAUUUAGAAAAUGGUCAAUACUGUCACUAUAAUAACGAUUUGUGGAAUGAUAUGUUUACUGCUCUUUUCAUUCGCGAUUUACUAAAUGCCGGUGCUGACGUUAACGCAACCAUAAAUGAUGAUCCAAAUACUCUAUUACUCAAUAUAGCGGCUCGCCUACAUUUUCCAUUAACACUGGAUCAUUUGUUGCCUUAUCAUGACAAAACUUCAAAAUCAACGGCUUUGCAUUACGUAUUACGUCCACUUAAAACUUUAGAGACACAAUUCAAUAUUGAUAAAAGAAGGACAAGUAUCAAGUUGAUUCUAAAAAACCUUAUUUAUAGACGUACGUUUGGUUUAUUCAUUCCUGCGGACGAAAAAAUAUCGAUGGACAAGUUAAUUGCUGAAGACAUAAAUUUGAGGGAGCUAGCACAUGCCUACGAAAAAAAUAUUAUUCAAGGAGAGUUAAAAACAAAAGUCCUUAAGUAUGAUGAUAAAAGUAUCACGUAUUAUGACUUCAUAAUGUCGUGUUUUGAUGAUAUACAAAUACGUUUGAUAGUGAAAAAUAAAUCCUUAAUAGACGCGUUCAAAAAUACCUUCCCAAACCCUAAUGUUCCUUCUUUUGUUAUGGAAUUCAGGGAUAGACGUAAUUUUCCUUCUUAUUCUAUGGAAUCUUUUAAUGCAGAUUAUUUCUUCCUCCGGCGACAAAUUUUGAUUAGAAUAGAAAAAACUUCAAGAAAAGUUGAGCAGUUAGAAGCAUUAAAAAAAAUUGAAAAUCUCCGUAAAGCUAUCCCUUUGCCAUAUGAAUUGGCUUUUUAUUUAUAA